AUGCCGAUCGACGGGAUGGGGUCCGUGGUCGCGACGGUGAGCGGCUACCACGGCGACGAGCGGCACAGGCUCGUCAACCUCAUCGCGGAGACAGGCGCCAGCUACGUCGGAUCCAUGAGCAGGUCUAUCACCCACCUGGUGUGCUGGAGGCUCGAGAGGAAGAAGUACGACAUCGCGAGGAGGCUGGACACGAGCGUCGUGAGCCACCGGUGGUUCGCGGAGUGUCUCAGGGAGGGAAGGCGCCUCCCGGAUGACCCCUACUUGAUGGAAAGUGGUGAAGAAGCAGGGCCAAUCCCAGAGCUGUCUGCUCAUCCCUGUACACGAGGCAAGAAAAAUGCCGUUAUGGAGGACAUAGUUUUCCAAGAAUUACCUGAUGAUUUCUGCGAUACUCCUCCAGCCAGAGCCAGCUAUACAAUUAGGCUUGAUGAUUCUGAUUUUAAGUCAGCCUUAUUAAAAGAAAAUUUCGUUGGUGAUGGGGGUUCUAAGAAACAUCAUUCAUCAGACUUUAAGGAAAGAAGAAAGCGUUUGAAGCAUGUCAACACAUCAACAGACAAAGAUGUCCUAAACCUGCAGGACAAUGUGUCAAAUGUCAUGGCAAGACAGCGCCUUCAUGUGUCAAGUUACACAACGUCCAAUAGCACAUCAAAGCAGAAGGGAAACUUCUCAUGCUUUCUCCAGAAUGAAGUUCCUAUCAGGAUGGGAGAAAGGGACGAUUUUACUGGAAACUUUGACAAUGAUAAUUUGUCUUACAGCUUCAGUGAACCUCAAACUUCAGAUACUCUGUCUAUAGGAGCUCGAAGAAAAUUUAAUAAGACAAGUGCAUCAUCAUCAUCAAUUCGACAAAGUACCCUGGAGUCUCUAUAUGAAUAUGGUGAAACUAGUAGCAGUAGGCAUGAACGAGAGAAAGGCAAGAAGAAUUAUCAUGUGUCAUAUGCUGGACGGAUUUUUCUUCUACAAGGGGCAUCUUACCAUGUGGACACCGAUUCUGUUAUUCAUGCAUGCAAGGAUGGGCAGAUCGUUUGGGAACCCGCGCGUUGCCGCGGGCAAAAAGAGCAAGCUGAAAAAGCCGAGUUGCAUGGCAUAAUUGCAAAUUAG